CAGCAGCUCCCAAAGCAGCGGUUUUUCAAGCGCUGCUUGCGCUCGGGAGGCAGAGCGAUCAGUCGCGAGGUGCCUUGGCUUUCGCAGCAGAAGCAGCAGCAUCCUCAGCAUCCUCCCCCUUGGCAGGUGCCUGGGUCAGGCAAGAAGGAGGCGGAGGAAGGAUGCUGGGGAGCAGCGCUGCUGUCUCCUGCCUCCUUCUCCUCGGAGAUGUGGAUUUAUCUUCCUCCUCAGUGUAGGCAGAAGAGAGGACCUCAGCCUCAGCAGCAGCAGCAGCAGCAGCCACCGCCUUUGGAGAGAUGGCUGGCCCCCUCAGCUGGACCAGGAGAAGAAGAGCAGGAGGCUUUGGAGGGGGCUCCAGACCUUGAAACUUCCCUUCAGGGAGGAGGACCACUUCUGUAAGGCGUCUCAACUCACGGUGUUCAUGACUCUGGGCCUCCUCAGUCAGAGAUGGAGCAGAUGGACUGCAAACCCUACCAGCCGCUGUCUAAAGCCAAGCAUGAAAUGGACCUAGCUUAUACAAGCUCUUCCGAUGAGAGCGAAGAUGGGAGGAAGGCAAGACAAUCGUAUGAGUCCAGAGAAACCCUUAAUGAAUACGGCCAAGAACUCAGACUGAAUUACAACAGCCACAACCGAAAAAGGAAAGCUGUUGAGGAACCCACUCAAGAGAUGGAAUUUUGCGACACCCCACACAACUUGUGCCUCGGCUACCAGGGAGAGAUGCAUGCUGUUUCCCAGCACGGCUAUCCAAUAGAGAUGGGUUCAGAUGUGGACACUGAGACGGAAGGUGGAGCCUCCCCAGACCAGGCCUUGCGGAUGUGGAUGUCGGGGAUGAAAUCGGAGCACAGUUCCUGUUUGUCGAGCCGUGCCAACUCUGCGCUGUCCCUUACGGAUACUGACCACGAAAGGAAGUCUGAUGGAGAGAAUGAAAUGCCGGGAAGUCCACGCAACCAGUUUACCUUUAGACCUCUCCCGCCGCCUCCGCCGCCACCUCACGCAUGCACCUGCAGCCGGAAGCCACUUUCAACAACCGACUCUCUCCAAGGAAGGUCUAUGACGACCCGCAGCCAACCGAGCCCAGCUGCUCCACCUCCACCAACUAGUACCCAGGACUCCGUGCAUCUCCAUAACAGCUGGGUCCUCAACAGCAAUAUACCACUGGAGACAAGAAGUCAGUGGGGGAUUUGCUGGCCCUCGGCUGUGGAAAUGCCUUCCACCAGGAAUCAGGAGGACCAUGUCUCUUCCCUCGUGCCAAGCGAAAUGCACUUCUUGUUUAAACAUGGAUCCGGUUCAUCCGCUAUCUUCAGUGCAGCCAGUCAGAACUAUCCUUUAACCUCCAACACGGUUUACUCACCACCUCCUCGGCCGCUUCCUAGAAGUACUUUUUCUAGACCAGCUUUCUCUUUCAACAAACCUUACCGAUGUUGCAACUGGAAAUGUACUGCCUUGAGUGCAACCGCUAUUACAAUUGCGCUGGCGUUGUUGCUUGCCUAUGUCAUUGCAGUGCAUUUGUUUGGCCUCACUUGGCAACUACAGCCUGUUGAAGGGCAGCUUUAUGAGAACGGACUUAGUAAGGGGAGCAAGGGCACAGAGGCCCUGGACACAACUUACUCACCAAUUGGAGGGAAAGUUUCCGAUAAAACAGAAAGGAAAGAAAUAGUGUUUCAGAAGGGACAGGCCAUAGACACGGGAGAAAUUGAAAUUGGAGACCAAGUGAUGCAAACAAUCCCCCCAGGCCUCUUCUGGCGUUUCCAGAUCAUGAUCCAUCAUCCGAUGUACCUGAAAUUUAACGUUUCUCUGGCAAAGGAUUCUCUGUUGGGGAUUUAUGGCAGACGCAACAUUCCUCCCACUCACACACAGUUUGAUUUUGUAAAACUGAUGGAUGGGAAGCAGUUGAUUAAGCAGGAGCCAAGACAUUCUGAGGAAUCCCAGCAUGCCCCCAGGAAUCUUAUCUUAAUGUCCAUGCAAGAAACCGGCUUCAUAGAGUUUAUGGAUCAAGGGGCUUGGCAUAUGGCGUUUUACAACGACGGCAAGAAAAUGGAACAAGUGCUUAUGCUGACGACAGCCAUAGAGGUCAUGGAUGACUGUUCCACCAACUGCAAUGGGAAUGGAGAAUGCAUAUCUGGCCAUUGCCACUGUUUUCCAGGGUUCCUUGGUCCUGACUGUGCGCGAGAUUCCUGCCCAGUCUUAUGCAGCGGGAAUGGGGAAUAUGAAAAGGGCCACUGUGUGUGUCGCAACGGAUGGAAAGGACCCGAAUGUGAUGUUCCGGAAGAGCAAUGCAUUGACCCCACCUGCUUCGGCCAUGGCACCUGCAUCAUGGGCAUCUGCAUUUGCGUCCCUGGAUAUAAAGGAGAGAUAUGCGAGGAAGAGGACUGUUUAGAUCCAAUGUGCUCUGGCCACGGGGUCUGUGUUCAAGGGGAAUGCCACUGCUCCAUGGGAUGGGGGGGAGUCAACUGUGAAACCUCUCUUCCAAUCUGCCAAGAACAGUGUUCCGGUCAUGGCACCUUUCUUCUGGAUACUGGUGUGUGCAACUGUGACCCAAAGUGGACAGGUUCAGACUGCUCAACCGAGCUCUGUACACUGGACUGUGGCAGCCACGGUGUUUGCACCAGAGGAAUAUGUCAAUGUGAAGAAGGCUGGAUAGGUCCAACUUGCGAAGAACGUACAUGCAAUUCCCACUGCACUGAACAUGGGCAAUGCAAAGACGGCAAGUGUGAAUGCAGCCCUGGAUGGGAAGGAGAUCACUGCACCAUCGAUGGCUGCCCAGGUCUGUGUUACGGCAAUGGGAGGUGCACCCUUGACCAGAAUGGAUGGCACUGUGUCUGCCAGGUGGGCUGGAGUGGAAUGGGAUGCAAUGUUGUCAUGGAAAUGAUGUGCGGAGAUGGCACCGAUAAUGAUGGAGAUGGUUUGACAGACUGUGUAGAUCCUGAUUGCUGUCAGCAAAGCAAUUGCUAUGCAAGCCCUCUCUGCCAAGGGUCCCCAGAUCCCCUUGACCUCAUUCAGCAGAGCCAGCCUCCGUUCUCACAGCAUCCUCCAAGGCUCUUUUAUGACAGAAUCAAGUUUCUUAUUGGCAAAGAAAGCACUCAUGUAAUCCGAGGAGAUGUCUCAUUCGAGAGCAGGCGUGCUUGCGUUGUCCGAGGACAAGUAGUAGCCAUAGACGGAACGCCAUUGGUUGGGGUGAAUGUGAGCUUCCAGCACCACAGCGAUUAUGGUUACACCAUCAGUCGGCAGGACGGAAGUUUUGACCUAGUGGCAAUCGGAGGAAUCUCGGUCACUCUGCUCUUUGACAGAUCUCCUUUCCUUUCUGUGAAAAGGACACUUUGGCUGUCCUGGAACAGAUUUAUUGUGGUGGACAAAGUAGUCAUGCAAAGGACAGAGGUGGAGCCACCCUCUUGUGACAUUACUAACUUCAUCAGCCCCAAUCCAAUUGUCCUUCCUUUUCCUCUGACAUCCUUUGGAGGAUCAUGUCCUGAACGGGGAACAAUUAUACCAGAGCUACAGGUCGUCCAGGAAGAAAUACCUAUCCCUUCCAGCUUCGCGAAGCUGAGUUACUUGAGUAGCCGAACAUCAGGAUACAAAACCUUGCUGCGGAUUAUUCUCACACAUUCCACCAUUCCUCCUGGAAUGACGAAAGUCCAUCUUACUGUCACUAUCGAAGGGCGGCUGGCUCAGAAAUCCUUCCCUGCUGCCACCAACUUGGUCUAUACCUUUGCUUGGAAUAAGACUGAUAUUUACGGCCAAAAGGUGUCUGGCCUGGCAGAAGCAAUGGUGUCAGUAGGCUAUGAGUAUGAGACCUGCCCUGAUUUUGUUCUGUGGGAGAAGAGGACUGUAGUCCUGCAAGGAUUUGAGUUGGAUGCUUCCAAUCUGGGAGGUUGGUCCCUGGACAAACACCACAUUUUGAACACACAGAGUGGUAUUGUACAUAAAGGAAAUGGAGAAAAUAUAUUCAUCUCCCAGCAGCCGCCAGUCAUUUCCACUGUCAUGGGCAAUGGGCACCAGAGAAGUGUCUCCUGUGCCAGCUGCAAUGGGCCUUCCCACACCAGUAAACUCUUUGCGCCCGUCGCCAUGGCUUCUGGUAUGGAUGGCAGUAUAUAUAUUGGAGACUUCAAUUUUGUUCGGCGCCUCCUUCCUUCAGGAAAUUCCAUCAGCAUCUUAGAAUUAAGGAACAGAGACACAAGACACAGCACUAGUCCAGCUCACAAGUACUACCUGGCCAUGGAUCCGGUCUCCGAAUCCCUUUACUUGUCAGAUACGAAUACCCGAAGGGUUUACAAAGUGAAAUCUCUCAGUGAAACGAAGGAUUUGGCUAAAAACUAUGAGGUCGUGGCAGGAACAGGGGACCAGUGCCUUCCCUUUGACCAGAGUCACUGCGGAGAUGGAGGACGAGCAUCAGAAGCAUCACUUCACAGCCCCCGAGGUAUCACUGUAGAUAAGCACGGCUUCAUUUACUUUGUUGAUGGCACCAUGAUUCGGAAGAUUGAUGGCAAUGGUGUGAUCUCCACAUUAAUAGGCUCCAAUGGGCUCACAUCAACCCAGCCACUGAGUUGUGAUGCUGGAAUGGACAUCACUCAGGUUCGCCUAGAAUGGCCAACAGACCUUGCAGUCAACCCUCUGGACAAUUCGCUGUAUGUGCUGGACAAUAACAUUGUGCUACAGAUUUCUGAAAACAGGCGGGUGAGAAUUAUUGCCGGCCGCCCCAUCCACUGCCAGGUGCCAGGCAUCGAUCACGUUUUGGUCAGCAAGGUGGCGAUCCACUCCACCCUGGAGUCUGCCAGAGCCAUCAGCGUCUCUCACAGCGGCAUGCUGUAUAUCGCCGAGACGGAUGAGCGGAAGAUCAAUCGCAUCCAGCAGGUCACGACCAAUGGCGAAAUCUCUAUCAUCGCCGGAGCUCCGACAGAUUGUGACUGUAAAAUUGACCCCAAUUGUGACUGCUUCUCAGGUGAUGGAGGAUACGCCAAAGAUGCAAAGCUGAAAGCUCCCUCUUCCCUCACUGUGUCUCCCGAUGGCACCUUGUACAUAGCUGACCUUGGUAAUAUCCGUAUUCGUGCCGUCAGUCGGAAUAAGGCUCAUCUCAAUGACAUGAAUAUUUACGAGAUUGCCUCCCCCGCGGACCAAGAAUUGUAUCAAUUCACCAGCAACGGGACUCACUUGCACACUCUCAAUCUCAUUACGAGGGACUUUAUAUACAAUUUCACCUACAACGGGGAAGGGGAUCUCACCAGCAUUACUAACAGCAAUGGGAAUUCAGUUCACAUUCGCAGAGACGCCAGUGGUUUGCCUCUCUGGCUGUCGAUGCCUGGAGGCCAAGUGUACUGGCUGACCAUAAGUAGCAAUGGGAUUCUCAAAAGAGUCUACACCCAAGGCUACAACUUGGCCCUGAUGACUUAUCCUGGCACAACAGGCCUUCUAGCAACCAAAAGUAAUGAGUACGGAUGGACAACAGUUUAUGAGUAUGACUCUGAUGGCCAUUUAACCAAUGCAACAUUUCCAACUGGUGAAGUCAGCAGCUUCCAUAGUGAUGUAGAAAAAACUAUGAGAGUGGAAAUCAACACUUCCAACAAGGAAAAUGUAGUCACAGCGACCAACUUUUCUGCUACCUCUACUAUUUACACAUUGAAACAAGACAACACGCAGAGUAUCUAUCGGGUGAGUCCGGAUGGGUCGCUGAGAGUCACCUUCGCCAGCGGAAUGGAGAUCACUCUGAAUACAGAGCCGCACAUCCUUGCAGGCAUUUUCAACCCCACAUUAGGAAAAUGCAAUAUCUCUCUACCAGGGGAGCAUAAUUCCAACCUUAUUGAGUGGAGACAAAGGAAGGAACAGACCAAAGGCAAUAUCUCAGCGUUUGAAAGAAGGUUACGGGCUCACAACAGAAACCUGCUAUCCAUUGAUUUUGAUCACAUAACAAGAACAGGGAAGAUCUACGACGACCAUCGCAAGUUCACUCUUCGGAUCCUGUACGAUCAAGCAGGACGUCCCAUUCUUUGGUCCCCCAUCAAUAAGUACAAUGAAGUCAACAUCACUUACUCCCAUUUGGGAUUAGUGACCUAUAUCCAGAGAGGAACGUGGACUGAAAAGAUGGAGUAUGACCCAGGUGGGAAGAUCAUUUCCAGAACAUGGGCGGAUGGGAAAAUAUGGAGCUACACAUACUUAGAAAAGUCUGUGAUGCUCCUGCUGCAUAGCCAACGCCGCUACAUCUUUGAGUAUGACCAGUCUGACUACCUCCUGUCUGUCACCAUGCCAAGUAUGGUGCGCCAUAGCUUUCAGACGAUGCUCUCCGUUGGGUACUAUCGCAAUCUCUACUCCCCUCCAGACAGCGGCGUGUCUUUCAUCCAGGAUUUCACCAGAGACGGACGGCUCCUGCAAACUCUCUACCCAGGAACGGGGCGCAGGGUCCUUUACAAAUACACCAAGCAGUCCAGGCUGUCCGAGAUUCUGUAUGAUACGACACAGGUCUCCUUUACCUAUGAAGAGUCAUCUGGCGUUAUCAAAACCAUACACUUGAUGCACGACGGAUUUAUUUGCACUAUCAGAUAUAGGCAAACAGGCCCACUUAUUGGUCGCCAGAUAUUCCGAUUUAGCGAAGAGGGUCUUGUGAAUGCCAGGUUUGACUACAGUUACAACAACUUCCGCGUGACAAGCAUGCAAGCCAUGAUAAACGAAACUCCUCUUCCCAUCGAUUUGUAUCGCUAUGUGGAUGUCUCUGGGAAGACUGAACAAUUUGGGAAGUUCAGCGUCAUCAAUUACGACUUAAACCAAGUCAUAACCACCACCAUGAUGAAGCAUACCAAAAUUUUUAGCGCCAAUGGCCAAGUGAUCGAAGUGCAAUAUGAAAUCCUUAAAUCCAUAGCCUACUGGAUGACCAUUCAGUAUGACAAUAUGGGCCGCAUGGUCAUUUGUGAUAUACGCGUAGGAGUAGAUGCCAACAUCACAAGGUAUUUUUAUGAAUACGAUGCUGAUGGCCAGCUUCAGACGGUUUCGGUGAAUGAUAAGACCCAGUGGCGUUACAGCUAUGACCUGAAUGGGAAUAUUAAUUUACUUAGCCAUGGAAACAGCGCAAGGCUUACUCCUCUGAGGUAUGACCUUAGGGAUCGCAUCACCAGACUUGGAGACAUUCAGUAUAAAAUGGACGAAGAUGGUUUUCUCAAGCAAAGAGGGAACGACAUCUUUGAGUACAGCUCCAAUGGUUUCCUGACCAAAGCUUACAACAGGAUCGUUGGGUGGACAAUCCAGUAUUACUACGAUGGUCUUGGGCGGCGAGUUGCCAGUAAGACCAGUUUGGGACAGCACCUCCAGUUCUUUUAUGCCGACCUCUCCAACCCAGUAAGAGUAACUCAUUUGUACAAUCAUAGUAGUUCAGAGAUAACGUCCCUGUAUUAUGACCUCCAGGGUCACUUGAUAGCUAUGGAAUUAAGCAGCGGUGAAGAAUACUACGUCGCUUGUGACAACACGGGUACGCCUUUGGCUGUCUUCAGUAGCCGAGGCCAAGUGAUAAAGGAGAUUCUGUACACGCCUUAUGGGGAGAUCUAUCAGGACACUAAUUCAGAUUUCGAAGUCGUCAUUGGUUUUCAUGGAGGACUGUAUGAUCCACUGACGAAACUGGUGCACCUGGGACAAAGAGAUUACGAUGUCAUUGCUGGGCGCUGGACAACACCAAGCCAUCACAUCUGGGAAGAACUGAAGAAUGUCCCCAAACCAUUCAGUCUGUAUGCAUUCAAAAACAACUACCCAGCGGGCAAGAUUCAAGAUGUGGCUAAAUAUACAACAGACAUUGGAAGUUGGCUUGAAUUGUUUGGGUUUCAACUCCACAAUGUCCUUCCUGGAUUCCCCAAACCAGAGAUGGAUGCUUUAGAAACAACAUAUGAACUGGUACAGCUUCAAACAAAGACCCAGGAAUGGGAUCCUGGAAAGACUAUACUUGGCAUUCAGUGUGAACUACAAAAGCAGCUCAGAAACUUCAUUUCCUUGGACCAGUUGCCCAUGACCCCCAAGUACAGUGACGGGAGAUGUGUGGAGCAAGCCAAGCAGCCCAGAUUUGCUGCCGUCCCCUCGGUUUUUGGGAAAGGCAUCAAAUUUGCCAUCAAGGAUGGCUUGGUGACGGCCGAUGUCAUUGGGGUCGCCAACGAGGACAGCCGGCGCAUUGCCGCCAUCCUCAACAACGCCCACUACCUGGAGGACCUCCAUUUUACCAUCGAUGGGCGAGAUACGCACUACUUCAUCAAGCUUGGGUCUUUGGAGGAGGACCUGGCGGUGAUAGGCAACACCGGGGGACGACGGAUUUUGGAGAAUGGCGUCAACGUCACUGUGUCUCAAAUGACUUCUGUCAUCAAUGGGAGGACUAGAAGGUUUGCCGAUAUCCAGCUCCAGCAUGGUUCUUUGUGCUUCAACGUUCGGUACGGGACAACUGUAGAAGAAGAGAAGAACCAUGUCUUGGAGAUAGCCAGGCAGAGAGCUGUAGCUCAGGCUUGGACUAGGGAACAGAGACGUCUCCAAGAUGGAGAAGAAGGUAUUAGGGUUUGGACAGAAGGGGAAAAGCAGCAGCUUCUGAGCACAGGGAAAGUACAGGGCUACGACGGAUAUUUUGUUUUAUCUGUGGAGCAGUAUCUGGAACUCUCUGACAGUGCCAACAACAUUCACUUCAUGAGACAGAGCGAAAUAGGCAGGAGGUAA